UUUCAAGUCAUCAUGGGGCGGCCGCGAUUGGCGAUUCCACCGCCAGUGCCGUCCCACACUCGGUGGGCUGCUCAGAGACCGGUCGCAUUACCGAAAAGAUCAUGAAGAAGGCGGCUGCGCCCAUGUUCCUCCAGAAGCUCUUCGACAUGCUCCAUGCGAUCCCGCCAUCAAUGGGUGGGUGGUGCCAUGGUGGGAGUGCGUUUGAGAUCAAGUCGCCGACGGACUUUGCCCGAGUGAUCCUGCCCCAGUACUUCAAACACAGCAAAUACACGAGCUUCGUUCGCCAGCUCAACUUUUAUGGGUUUGUCAAAGGGGCCAAGGUCGCCGAGACGCCGACGAGCGUCGUGUUUCAGCAUGACUACUUCCACCAGCACAAACCGCACCUCAUCCGCCGCAUCAAGCGCAAGACCAACCACUCGACGACAGAGUCGGACGCCGUUGACGACCUGAGGCGGGAUGUGCACGCUAUCAAGGAGACGCUGAGCAGCAUGGACGCCCAACUAAAACAACUCCAGGAGGUCGUCAAGUCGAUGGUGGCGACGAUGACUCUCCUGGAGCCAUACCAGUUCCACAGCGCCGACGCCAGGGCGAGACCAGUGGGACAGGUGAACCAGCAACUCCUGGCCGAAGCCAUCGAGUACUACAUGCCCCAGUCCACCGAAGACUGGAGCCAUCGCACCUCACAUCACGCCGAAGUUCCUAAGUUAUAAUUGUAUCCUAGCCAACACCCUCUUGGAUGGACAGUCCAAACCAACCCUCUCGUCGCUCCAUGUUCCAGACGCACUAGUGUACCCAGUGCAUCCCAACUUCUCUCGUCUCGAUAUAUCCAACCCCACCGACCCAA